CCCGCCCCGCCCGGCGCCGCGCCUCCCGCCCCUCCCUCAGCGCCCAACAGCGGCCGCGCCAGCCCCGCCUGCAGCCGUUGCGCACGCGCCGGGCCCCUGAGGCGGCCUGAGGCGGCCAUGGCGCUGCGGCUGCUGCGGGGCGCCGCGGGGGCGGCCAGGUCAUCAGUGCUUUGCAGCUCUCUGAGGAGCACCAGCUCUAACACAGGAGGAAGACCUGAACCCGCUAAGCAGGCACUUAAGAAACCGAAGUUACCAGUAGGUCGGUUUGAUGAACCGGAGGAGUCCAGUAUAGAGAGGGAACCUCUGGAAAAGUUCCCUGAUGGAAUCAAUCCUACUACAAAAGAGAGGGGUGGACCUAAAGGCCCUGAACCGACACGUUUUGGAGAUUGGGAGAGGAAAGGACGUUGUAUAGACUUUUAAUGUGUAAAUGUAUCAAUAUUGCUAAUAAUGUUCCUGUGAAAAAUAUAUCAUGUAUAGAAAAGCCUCAGCUGGAUUUGCUGUGAAGCUUCCUGUUUGUGUCAUGCUUGUGAUGAAUUUUCUGAGAUAUUUAUGUAAAUAAACACAGUAACACAUCAAUUUUGGGAGCUGCUGGUUGUAUGUGCACCUGAUCUUCAAUGGUAUUUAUCCUAUGGCAGUAUGAAUGAAGGCAAAGCAAUAUGGAGGUGGCGGAAAAGAUCGAGAUGUCUGUUUGAAAACUGGCUAAAUGCUGCUCGGGGGAAAAAUGACAUUUACUCAUACCUUAAGUCCAAGGUGAGUAUUAGAUGAGAUGAUCUUAAUAUUACUGGCCUUUAAAUAUCGCUAAGGUACCUGGCACGGAGCUGAACACCAGUCAGAUUGAACUCAGUCACUUGUUCAAGAACUUGCCUGGUCUUAAAAUACUUCAGUAGAGUGUGAGCCGGCUGCUUCUGUAUUAUUAAUAUGAAAAUAAGCUGACAUUAAAAUGUCUGAAAAUGCUAAUGCUCUAGGUAUUUGCUGUGGAAGCUCUUUUUGGUAGACGAAACAACCUGAUUUUCUCUAAUCUUCAACAACUGAAAGUGUUUGUUCAUUUUUUUCAUCCCUUCGUGUUUUCUGGCCUGUGCUUUGCUGAUUUCCCAGCUCUACACUCCCUGAUUUUAUACAUUCACAAUUUCUAUUACCUGCUUUUGCCAUAGCAUCACAAUGGGCAUUAAAACUGAAUUAAAGGGUUUUGGAGAGCCCAGUGGAGUCUUCCAUUUUAUGGCCUAAAUUUCUUUUUCCUAUACAAAUAUUUUUUGUGCCUUUUGCUAUGCCAAAGCAAGUUCUAUCUGACUGAAUAUCAGUUUCAGUCAUGAUUUAUGUUGUUCUGCAUUACUCUGACUCAGUAAGAAUGUACCAAUUCAUCCACUUUUGCCUUUUGCGUGAUUAAGUGUGUCCGUGUACAGCUCUCGGUAAAACCUCCCUAAAAACCCACCUGACCUGCGGCCAGUGGGGAAGCUCCUCCUCCAAAUCUGUCAGUUUCUUUAUUGAGUGUGUAUUUUAUUGGUGUAGUAUCAUGGUGGUCGGGGAUUAAGAUGUUUGACUCGCUGCCAUGAUACCCUACAAAAGUACUAUGUGUGUUUGGUUAGGUUUAUCAGCUAGAUAUGUCACUGAAGAAUGAAAUGAGGAUUAUUAAAGACUAUUUUUUCAAAAAGGGUGUUAACUAGUGGCAAUUAAGUUUUUGAUCCCUUAAUCUCCUAUAAAUUCUGCAGCGCUGCUUGGAUAUCAGAAAAUCAGUCUGUAUUUACCUUAUUCAUUCUUGUUGCCCUUCUGUAGUACAGCAGCUACAUUUUCCCCAAAUCUGUUGAAUUUCAAAGUUACCUAAAAACGCACUGUGUAGACUUAUUAAUGUAUAGUGUUUAUUAAAAUGUCUAUUUCUAGCGGUGCUUUGCCUCUUCAGUUGCUAGUAGAGGGAAAAGCACGUCAUCACCCAACACACCUCCUACUUCUCACACACAAGGCAGAAAUUUUAAUUGGAAACUUCCGCCUUUUCUGCAUCGUUAUCAAUAGGCUUAACGUCUUAAUUAGUGAAGAGGCAGGAACGCUACUGCAGUUAUUUUACUGUAGCAUUCUGAAUCCUACCCUUCUUACCCACGGGUUGUUGCACGAUUUCAUUAUCUCCUGCCAGAUUUUGCCUUUCCCAGCACCAGCUCCGUGAAUGUUUAUCUUGUUCCACUUCUUGGUGCUCCUAAUACUCAGCUCCAAUUGCUGCCUUCCUCACAGACAGCUUUCUGGCUGCAGCUGCACUUCUCUCUGGUUACAGAACAGCAUUUUUUGGCGAGCAUAUAAAAAUUGUCCUUAUGGUUUUCUUUAUUUUUCAGUUCUUAAUGUUGUGAUUAAGAGCUAAAUCUACCAAUGUUUUUCUUUGCAAAAUGGAGAUCCCCGUGUCAGAACUUGCCAUCCAUCCCUUCUGUUGCUAUCCUUGAGGAAAGUAAGAUCACUUGUUUCCUCCCUGACGUGAAGGCUCUUCAGGCACAUGUGUGUCUGCCUCCAAACAAGUGAUGGCUGUGUCAGCCCGAGCCACAGGAGUUGUUUGCAACGGAGCUCAGGCAUGUCUUAGGCACUCCCUGCCUGCAUCCACUGAAUUCCUUCAUUUGAAAGCUGCUUCUCAAAGUGCUGUCUGUACAAAGAGCACCUCACAAAGGUGUUUUUUUUUUGUUGUUGUUGGUUUUUGUUUUAUUUAUUUAUUUUUUGCCUUCCAAAAGCUAAAAAAGCUGCUAACCAACUGUAAAUACAAGUUGUCAGUGGGUGGUCGCUCAGGAAAUAGAGGAGACCUCUGCAACAUAAAGGAACGGGCCUUCUUCACUACCUCCCAAGUCAGUGCUGCUAACUACCACGUAUUUUGUUAAUUUGGUUCAGGAAUGUAUCGAUAAGAGAGGAGAGGCCGAAAGUUUGGGCAAAAUAAAUGGCCACAAGGCCAAUGCCAAGGAAGGAGCCUUUUGGUCUGGCUAUGGGGACGUUUACCAAAAAGAGAAGCCCUGGGCUCCUUUAUUGAUAGGUCCAAAAUACUGUUUUGUGGUGCUGCAAGGUCCUCGUCAAAACCAAUCAUGGUUUCUGUGCAAUAACCAACACAGUGACAUUGUGGGGUGUAAAUGAUAAUUUCUGUUUGGUUUUCUUGCAGUGUCUGCAGUUGUGAAGGAAGCACUUCAGCACUUUUUCAGUGCUGUCUUCCUGCUCUUUCCAGAUGACUAAUAUUAGCAAUUCACUGUGAUGUGGCAUAAGGGUAAGGCAUUAGCUAUUAGAUUAGCCAUGAAGGUAUGUCUUUAUUGUAAAUACCAAUUGAUCUAUUUUUGUAGCUCUUUUUUGUUAGUAUAAGAGGAAUGGAAAGCAUCAGAGGUUUUAAUUCCUUUUCUGUUCCCUUAAAUUUUUGUGGCCAAGGAGUUGUUCUGCCUGUGUAAGCAAAAUCUCGUAAUUCCGGAGGAUGCUUGUUGAUCUGUCUACUAAAAAGCUGGAUGUUGCUUUUCUGCAGUAGUUUUUCAUUUUUAAACUUGUUUCUGCUAGUUUGUUUACACACGUUCAGUGCAUUAUUAAAAUUAGGAAGCCUU